UGGAGAGCUGAGCUGCUGGAGACUUACACUAUGCUAAAAGACAGGGAGAAGAUGGCUUUUGCUGGGUCCUUGUGACUGUGCUGAAAGUCCUCUGUCCUUUGGGUCCCAAUGCCCAGGCUCUCUAAAGACUCUGCUCAGUAUCUUAGCCUAAGAAAUAGGGCAGAUGAGCCAGCCACCAUGCCUGGACCCCAGCCUGGCUGCUGGGGAGAUGCAGUCCCCCAGGAUGGCAGGGAAGAAGCGAGGGCGGCCCCCGCUCCAGCCAGCACCCAUCAAAAUGGCUGUUCACAACCUCUUCUCAGCACCUGCCAGUGCUCUGCCAGGCAUGAAGAUCCCAAAGAAGAGAGGGAGAAAACCUGGGCACAAGCUGAAAUCUCGUGUCCUGAUGACUCCUUUAGCAAUCUCUCCGCCGAGGAGCACGCCGGAGCCGGAUAUCAGCUCAAUCCCCCAGGAUGCAGCCACGGUACCCGACUCAGACCCCCCCCAGGCUCUCACAGUCUGCAUUUAUGUCAACAAGCAAGCGAACCUGGGGCCGUACCUGGACAGGAGAAAGGUGCAGCAGCUGCCGGAGCACUUUGGCCCCGAGAGGCCGUCGGCAGCCCUGCAGCAGGCAGUGCAAGCCUGCAUCGACUGUGCCCUCCAGCAAAAGGUGGUCUUCUCCCUCCUCAGGCAGGGCUACGGGGGAGAGAUGGUGUCAGUUUCAGCUUCUUUUGAGGGGAAGCAACAUCUCCAGAGCCUGCUCGUAGUGAACAGCAUUGGGUACGUGCUGCGCUUCCUGAAGAAGCUGUGUCGCAGCCUGCUGUGUGACAAUCUCUUCAGCAACCAGCCCUUCCAGCAGCUCAGUGCCAGCACAGAGAGCCCCGGGGGCUGUGAAAGCACACGGAUGGAGGCAGAGACGGUCAUACCUGAGGACUGCCUGGCCGAUGCUCCAAGCAGGAAGCAGUUCAGUGCGGAUCCUGCCGACACCGCCCUGGGCUCCGCGGGCUCCCUGUACACCGUGCGCCAGAGUCCUGCAGACGGACACCCUGCUGGAGGCUCCUCUUCCUCCUGCACCCAUCGUCCUGCCCACAUGGCUGCAGGGGGCUCCUCAGCUACUGGGCUGCGGCACCAGACCUCCAGCCCGACCAGGAAUGGGGCUUAUCUUGAAGGAAACCACCAAAGAAGUGCCUCAAGUCCUUCACCUGACCGACAAGAUGCAGCUCGGCCAUCAAGCAAGAAUCCUUUGACCUGGACGGUGGAGGAUGUGGUGUGGUUUGUGAAGGAUGCAGACCCUCAAGCUUUAGGCCCUCACGUGGAGCUCUUCAGAAAACACGAAAUUGAUGGCAACGCUUUGUUACUGCUGAAAAGCGACAUGAUCAUGAAAUACCUGGGGCUGAAAUUGGGACCAGCACUGAAACUCUGUUACCACAUUGAUAAGCUCAAGCAAGCUAAGUUCUAAUAAUUUCUUGAACAACAGAAUCUGAGCUAAAUCUAGAUGGAAGACUAAAGAAGUGGGAAAUCAAAACCAAACACAGCUGCAGCAUAUGCAUAGGACUGCUGGAAGACAAACCAAGAGUCCCUCGCUUGCCGCCUCUGAGGAGUAAUCGCUGACCUGCCUUGCCUGGGCACCAGCUCCACUCUCCAUGCUCUACCCUAAAAAGGGCUGGAAAAGUGCAGCCUUUGGUCACCUUUUGUCCGAUGGAAACUGCCCCGUGUCUUGCACUAUCCGCAAAACUUGAACUAUUCACUUAAAAAGGAACAAGAACAAAGAAAAGGGGGGGAGAAAAAAGAAGAAGAAAUAAUUUUAGAAAGAGGGAGGGGAAGGCUUUUUCCCCAGCCGAAGAACUUUAUCCCGCUAGAGGGAGCAGCCCUAGCAGGCUUGAGCUCUGAUGCUGCGGUGCUCUGAGUCUGAUGGGCUUCGACCGCCUUGACUCCUAUCGAGCCCGUCCGUAAACACCGCCCAGGAAUCGCGGGCUCCCAGCGGGAUGCUCCUGCCGCCGUUUGCAGAUAAUCCAUUCAAGAGGAGCCUCAACGCAGGGAGCGUUUGUGGC